AUGACGAAGGUGUUCAGAAAGUUGACAAGUGAUUCUCUUUAUGGCUGUGCUUCUGAAUGCCUGAUGUCCUCCCCUUGUCGCUCUGUUGGUUAUCAACCCGAGACACGCACCUGUUUCCUCAACAGCGACAGCAGCGGACGAGGGAAACUUACCCACAGACCAGGAUUCAUCUUCACCGACAUUGAACACUGGCCACAGGGUUUGAGGGGAGUAUGCUCUGUGAUGUCAUGUGCAAAGACCUCCAGGUGUCACGUCGAUCGAAUGCGUCGUGCAACAUGUGUGCCUGAGUUUCAGGGAUGUCAGUACCCACCGGAAGUAGUCGGCAUGCGCAGAAUCUAUGACGGUGUUUAUGAAGGAGCUGUGGCGACCUACCAGUGUAAGCGGGACUUCAAGCUCUGUCGUAAUGGCACUGUCCGAACCUGUCAGCCUGAUGGACAGUGGCAAGACAUGCCUGGUCAGUGUGGACAGUUUAGGUGGCAUAACCCAACGCUGCCGUCCAAGCACCCUAUACCGUGCGGACCAGCGAACAAGGUCAAGGUCGACGUCAGGGCAACAGCAACCAAAGCUGUAAGAUGGUAUGUGAUGAUGAUGGAGGAAGGCGAAGACGUCCUGUACAUGGCAGACUUCCGGUUUAGAUAUGGAGGCGUUGGUAACUGUACCGUCAUCAACAGUGAAAUAAGGGGCACGUGGGGGGCGGAAGUUGUCUUCCCACAUCUUCCCGUGACUGUGGGGAAGGAAUCUAGGGUCGUUAUAACCCUUGAGUCGGGUGUGUAUAAGCAAACAGGGCCCAACUUCAUUGUCAUGGAUGAUAAUGCCCGUCCCCAUCGAGCAAGAGUUGACAUUGAUGUUAUCCAGAACAACAACAUCACGCAUAUAGACUGGCCUGCAAAGUCGUCUCCUGACCUUAAUCCCAUAGAACAUGCUUGGGACAUUCUUGGAAGGCGUGUUAAAGGUCUCUGGACCCUGGACCAACUGGAACAGGCCUUAUGGUUGGCGCGACAUGCGAUCGAGAACAAGUUCCGAACUAUUAUUUAA